AAAUCCUCCUCCCGCUGCCCCCUCUCUUCCGUGCGUGCGGCACUCCUCGCAAAAGGCGCCAUUUUUUUUGGCCCAAAGAUGACGUCUUUCGGUUCUCAGACUUUCCUCCUCGAGGCCUGGAAUGGCGGUGGUAACAGCCCCGUUGUCCACCAGAGCAAACCGAGCUGCGGCAGCAGGCCGCCAGUCGUGGCGGCGUAUUGCAGGGAGAAUGGUAUUGGUCCCGGCGGAGGUGGGUGCCGGGUGAGGUUCCGGAUGAGAAGGAGAAGAAGCGAGGUCUUGGUCGGGGUGGAGAAGGGUACGGGCCUUCGGGCCACCGGAAAAGGUAGCAGCUUUGAGGGGGAGGGGGGAAUAGGGGAUGAUAUUGUUGCUGGUGGCUAUGUCGAUGUCGAUUCAGCUCAGGCUACGGUGAACAAGAGAAAGAAGGUUCUGGCAAUGCAGCAGGACUUGAUCCAACAGAUUGCUGAAAGAAGGAAACAAAUUUCAUAUUUAGAAAGCAGAGCUGCUGAAGCAGAUCAGGAUAUAAAUUAUUAUUUGAAAGAUCGUAGAAACAUCAGUUUCAACCCAAGUCCAAGUCAUCUUGUGACAAAUGGAAAAUACAAUGGCAGCACUGUUUCUGAAGGUUCAGUCCAGUCUACUGAAUCUAAGAUGUCUGAAUCUAGAAAUUCUCCAAUGAAAACAGGAGAAAGUGGUGAUAGCCUACAAUCUGAACGUUUAAGUCCCAAUCCUCUUGGAUUAGCGAAGGAUACCGAUCUCGAUACUACAAAUCCUGUUGAGCCAAUAUUUCUAGUAAAAGAGUCUGAAAGGAGUGUCAAAGAUGAGAAUGCUGAGAACCAAAUGGAAGCAAAGCUUGAUAGUGUAGAUCCUGAAGCUGAUACAGAUCCUGAGGAGGAGAAUAUGGAUGACCCUCCUUUAGCUGGGGUGAAUGUCAUGAAUGUGAUAGUGGUAGCUGCAGAAUGUGCUCCUUGGUCCAAAACAGGAGGGCUUGGAGAUGUGGCUGGGGCUCUGCCAAAAGCUUUGGCUAGAAGAGGGCAUCGGGUUAUGGUUGUUGUCCCAAGGUAUGGCAAUUAUGCAGAACCCAAAGAAACAGGUGUUCGCAGAUGCUAUAAAGUUUAUGGGCAGGAUAUGGAAGUGUCUUAUUUUCAUUCUUACAUUGAUGGUGUGGACUUUGUAUUUGUCGAUCAUCCGGUUUUCCAACACCAAGAGAAUAACAUUUAUGGGGGAAACCGACCGGACAUCUUGAAACGGAUGAUUUUGUUCUGCAAGGCAGCCAUAGAGGUCCCUUGGCACGUUCCCUGCGGUGGUGUCUGCUAUGGAGAUGGAAACUUGGCUUUCAUCGCAAAUGACUGGCACACAGCCCUUCUACCUGUUUAUCUGAAGGCAUAUUAUCGCGACAAGGGCUUGAUGAAGUAUGCCAGAUCUGUUCUGGUGAUCCACAACAUAGCACACCAGGGCCGCGGUCCUGUAGAGGAUUUCUUCCAUUUGGACUUGCCGGAGAAGUACAUCGACCUCUUCACAUUGUAUGAUCCGAUUGGAGGUGACCACUUCAACAUCUUCGCCGCUGGGCUGAAGACCGCCGACCGCGUCGUGACCGUCAGCCAUGGCUACGCAUGGGAGCUCAAAACUUCCCAAGGUGGCUGGGGACUUCACGGGAUCAUAAACGACAGCGACUGGAAGUUCCGAGGCAUCGUUAAUGGCAUCGACACAAAGGACUGGAACCCCGAACUGGACGUCCACUUGAGCUCCGACGGCUACACCAACUACUCCUCGGAAACAGUCAAAACUGGGAAACUCCAUUGCAAGGCGGCACUGCAGAAGGAGCUCGGCCUACCUGUUCGACGAAAUGUCCCCGUGAUCGGCUUCAUCGGGAGGCUGGAUCACCAGAAGGGCGUGGACCUCAUCGCGGAGGCCAUGCCGUGGAUGGUUGCCCAGGACGUGCAGCUGGUCAUGUUGGGCACCGGAAGGCCGGACCUGGAGGAGAUGCUGAGGAAGUUCGAGAGAGAGAACCAUGACAAGGUCAGGGGAUGGGUUGGGUUCUCGGUGAAGAUGGCGCACAGGAUAACUGCAGGCGCGGACAUCCUGCUCAUGCCGUCGAGGUUCGAGCCGUGCGGGCUGAACCAGCUGUACGCCAUGAAGUACGGGACGGUGCCGGUGGUGCACGCCGUGGGCGGGCUUCGGGAUACCGUCGUCCCCUUUGACCCCUUCAAGGAGACGGGCUACGGGUGGACGUUCGAGAGGGCGGAGUCGGGGAUGCUGGUCCAUGCACUGGGCAACUGCUUGAACACCUACUGGAAUCACAAGAAGAGUUGGGAGGGGCUUCGGACGAGAGGGAUGACACAGGAUCUGAGCUGGGAUAAUGCUGCUAAGCAUUACGAGGAAGUCCUCGUUGCGGCCAAGUACCAAUGGUGAUGAUGUAUGCGAACAAGGACGUCUCUCACAAGGUGUGUUGGUGUCGUUCUUGGUGCAUUUAGUUUGACAUACAGGAGGGAGGAAAUGUAAACUGGUUGGGGUCAGCGUAAAGGAUUCAUUCCUGUGAUCAAUGAAAUUAUACUUCAUUUCA